AUGGCGCGCCGAAGUACGGGUUUCAUACCUAAGAAGCCGCAUCGCAAGUCGAGAGGCGGAUGCUUGACCUGCAAGAGAAAGAAAGUCAAGUGCGAUGAAGCACAACCUAUCUGUCGUUACUGCAGUGUGAGAGACCUGAAUUGCGAAUACGCACAGGACUCCCAAUCGACAUCGAGGACACCGUCUUCAGGACCAUCGCCUGGUCACGAAUUCCGAUCAUCAGCCUACAACAAUGAGGCAGAUUUCAAUGAUCUUUCCUUCCAAUUGGCGCCGUGGCUCGUUCCAGCCUCUCCAACAUCUAUAGGCUCCUUUGCACACCUCGACCACCAUUUAUUGCAAUACUAUAAAGCACAUGUCUGGCGCGAAUUUGUAGUGCGCGACGACACCGUUUUGAACAACUUGCACGAGAAUGUUGUCCCCCGACUAGGCAUCUCUCAUCCUUUCCUUCUCUACGGUAUGCUCAGUAUCGCCGCCAACCACAGCAACGAGCUUAUGCCAAACAAGACCGUUGAGAAACAAGCACUACUAUAUCGCCAAAAGGCUUUCUCUUCUUACAAGGAAGCACUCAAAGACAUCACCGCAGAGAAUUACGAAGCAGUCCUCGUCACAGGAGGUCUUUUCCUCGCUCUGGUCCCACCACCGUCUACCAAUAAUGACGAUGAGUACCUAGAAUGGAUGAUAACACUCCUGAAACUAAGCGAAGGACUUCGUAUCCUUGCUUCACUCCGAUGGGCACAAGGCAUGGAGAAACUCUCCGUCUACCCCUUGGUACGACGAGAACUACGCACUUUGCCACCACCACCUAUCGUUGAUGUCGCAGGUGUAGAUGCUCCUAUCGGGCCCCUAGGAACAACACCUAACAAUCCCAAUCCAGCACCAACGUACCCACCGACACAGUUCCCCACACAGACCCGCCUGUUCCUACCUCCACCUUUGAUGCAGCUCCUCGACAGCAUUGUCCGUGGCAAAGAAUCUGGAUCAGUUGACUGGCAUAGACCAACGCUACUUCCGGUGUUCUACGCUCUAUCCCCCAUAUUCCUGUCCUUGUACUACUACCACCUGAAUCCUGAUCUCUACGUCCGCGUCUUUUGUUUCACGUCGUUCCUCAUGCCGGAGUUUCUCCAGCUGGUGCGCCAAAGAGAACCUCGUGCUUUGGUGCUGGUGGCAUGGUUCUUUACCUUGGCCGAGUUUGUGCCCAAGGGCUUCUGGGUUGGGGGUAGAGGGCGAAAGAUUAUUAAGAUUCUUGGACGGGAGAUUAGAGCACGGUCGUCUAGGGAUGAUGGAUUUGUGGAAGGGGUUUUUGAGGGUGCGCAGAGGAUUGUCGAUGUGUUGAUGAGGGAAGGGGAUGAGGCGGCAGCGAAGAGUGUGUUUGAGGAUUGGCCUGGCGUCAGUUGGGAGGACCGACCUGGUAGAGAUGAGGAAUGGGAGUCUGGACUUUUGAGGACUUGGGUGAUUUGA